AUUAAUUUCGAACAAAUCGCCGAAGAAGACGGGUUGCUUCACCGAUUCGCUUGUCGCGGAACAUUACAGAAAAAUAAAUAAAUUUAAAAAUCACUUUAAAGUGUUAAACAAAUUAAAUAAGUUAUUUAACAUUAAGCUUUCAUCAAUCAACCAAUCAACAACUAUCGCAUCGAGAUACAGUGCGUGCUUGUGAAAAAAGAAGAAAAUUAAAAAAAACCUCUCGUUUCUCUAAAGUCUAGAGUCUAGACAACUGCAACUACAAUUUUCUUUUUUGAAGAGCAAACAAAGCAAGAAAAAUCUUCGGUUCUUUUGUGGAAAUUCUAUAUAUUUUCAAAGUACCUAGGAAAUAGGAAAAUAAUUUCACAAUCACAAAUCAUUUUAUUUUUCCUUCAAAUUUUUUUUGUCACAAAGAAUUUAAUUUAAAUAGAAUUUCCGUGUUGUGUGCUGCGUGUGACUUACCUGCUUUGCUUACUGCCGCGGCGUGUGGAUUAUUUCUCUUCUUUUUUAUUAGUUUUGUUGUAAUUAUCUUGGUUCAGUUUGAGUCUCUCCAAAUUCAAGUUUUCCGGGAUUGAAAUAAAUUUAAAGAAAAAAUAUCCGCGGCCUCUGUCGCCACCGCCACCACCACCGUCGUCGUUGCCGCUCUUCUCAGUCUUCGUUACGUGUUACGUGUGUUCUCUCUGAAAAUUUGAAGAAAAUUCUUAAAUAAUUUGUUGUUUUAUUUUGAUCAAAUUAAAAGUCCAAAAGUUCCUACGCUACGAUUGGCCUUCUUGAGUGGAUUUCCAUCUGGCCUCGCGGUUCUUGCACUUUUUGUCGUGGAUGACCUUAUUUACCAACCGCACCGUCAACGCCACCACCACUGCUUUCAGCUUUGUGGUCCAUGCGUGAGUUCAUCAGCUUCAAUUUAACAAUUUAAUUCUGUGCUCUCGACGCUCGUCAUCGUCAUCGCCAUCGCAAUCGUCACUCCUCGCUCUCUGGUUCCAUGCAUGUUGUGCUUGUGAACUGGAACUCUGGACUCUGUAAUUUAAGACACACAAACGCGUGCAGCAGUAAUAUCCGAAUUCCAAAUCAAAUCUUUGUGUUUUCGUGUGCAUCUUGAACGCUGACGCUAAGCAAUAGUGCGACUAAUCAAUAAAAUAUAAAAGAAAAAAGUGGAUUUUGGUUUUAUUUUGUUCGUUGAAUUUCUUGAUGAUUCAUAAAAACAUACAAAAGUGCUCCCACACAAAAGUUCGUUCGUUCGUUUUCGGUGCAUGUGCGAAAAUUAUAGAAAAUCAAUUCUUUCUCGUUUAGUCUAUGCACAGGACAAGAGAGAUUCCCCGAAACGAGAUAAAUCAUAAAACAGGAAUUAAAGACAUUUUUGUUGUUGUUUUUGUUUUGUUUUCUCGAACACACGGUUUAUAAGGAAUUUUGGAUUAUUUUUUGUUUGAUACAAAAUAAAAAGAAAAACAAGAGGAAAGGUAAAUCUAAGAAGCAUCAGUGAAAGCAGCUUUUUCGGUAAAGAAAUUAUUUUCUUCUUCGAAUUUUAGAUGAAUUUAUAAGAUCAACAAAGUUCUUAGGAUACAUCUUAUUCAAGAUAAAUUUUUGCAUAUGAAAUUCUGUCACAAACAUCAAGAAGGCGACUAAGCAAUAAUGAGUCGAUCUUCAAAUCAACGCCAACAGCAACAGCUGCUGGCUCAGCAACAACAACAAAUGGCUGAUAAUGAUGCCGCAGCCGCGGCUGCUGAAAUGUUCGAUUUAUUCUGUUUGGCAACGACAAUGCGUCAAGUAUUGGGCUUGCAUCGGAAUAUCUGCGACACAAUAGGCCUGAGGCCAGCUCCACUCAACGAAUUCUAUCCAAAAUUAAAAGCGAAAAUUCGUUCAUGGAAAGCACAAGCAUUAUGGAAGAAAUUCGAUGCCCGUGCCUCACACAGAGCCUAUUCGAAAGGCAAUGCAUGUACUGGCACAAGAGUCCUAGUCAUUGGAGCAGGUCCUUGCGGACUGCGAACAGCUAUCGAAGCACAACUUCUUGGCGCUAAAGUGGUAGUCGUUGAGAAACGUGAUCGGAUAUCACGUAAUAAUGUUCUACAUUUGUGGCCUUUUGUUAUAACAGAUCUUCGAAAUCUCGGAGCAAAGAAAUUCUAUGGAAAGUUCUGUGCUGGUUCCAUUGAUCAUAUUUCCAUUAGACAGAUACAAUGUAUCUUAUUGAAAGUGGCCCUUCUGUUGGGCGUAGAAGUUCAUGAGGGUGUUUCAUUUGACGGCACCAUCGAACCGAGUGAGGGAUGUGGGUGGCGAGCCGCCAUCAGUCCCGAAGACCAUGCGGUGUCACAUUAUGAAUUCGAUGUACUCAUUGGAGCCGAUGGCAAACGUAACACAUUGGAAGCCUUCAAACGCAAGGAAUUCCGUGGCAAGCUGGCUAUUGCCAUCACAGCGAAUUUCAUCAACAAAAAGACCGAAGCCGAAGCAAAAGCUGAGGAAAUUAGUGGUGUGGCGUUUAUAUUUAAUCAAGCCUUCUUCAAGGAAUUGUAUCAUACGACUGGAAUAGAUUUAGAGAAUAUAGUUUACUACAAAGAUGAAACACAUUACUUUGUGAUGACUGCAAAGAAGCACAGUCUCAUCGAUAAGGGUGUGAUUAUGCAGGAUUUUGCUGACCCAGCUGAACUUCUGGCAUCACAAAAUGUAAAUACAGACAAACUUCUGGACUAUGCCCGGGAGGCAGCAGAGUUCUCAACCAAAUACCAAAUGCCAAAUCUGGAAUUCGCCGUAAAUCAUUACGGCAAGCCAGACGUUGCAAUGUUUGAUUUUACCUCAAUGUUUGCAGCAGAAUCAUCAAGUCGGGUGAUUGUUCGUAAAAAUUACCGCCUUCUGCAGUGUCUAGUCGGUGAUAGUCUUCUAGAGCCCUUUUGGCCAACAGGUUCAGGUUGUGCGAGAGGUUUUCUCUCGAGUAUGGAUGCAGCCUAUGCAAUAAAACUGUGGAAUAAUCCUAAAAAUAGUAUACUUGGUGUUUUAGCUCAAAGGGAGAGUAUUUACAGACUUCUAGCUCAAACUACACCUGAAAACCUUCAACGUGACAUAGGUUCCUAUACAGUUGAUCCAGCGACACGCUAUCCUAAUCUCAAUCGGACUUCGGUAAAUAUGUAUCAGGUUAAACAUCUCAUCGAUACCGAUGACAAAUCCAUUUUGGAACAUACCUUUAUGGACACAAAUGCCUUACAAGCAUCACAAGCAGAAACACCGGUGCGCAGGAAGAGACGCACAGGUGAUACAUUGCCAUUGAGUGCGGUGCUCCUCAGAUGGAUAAAAGCUCAAUUGCAUUCGUAUGAAUUUGUUCAGAGUUUGAAUGAGGUGUCGGAUUGCUUCACCAAUGGAAAGGUUCUUUGUGCCUUAAUAAAUAGGUAUCGCCCGGAUCUAGUCGAUUUUAAUUCAAUUAAAGAACUAUCAGCAGCCGAAUCCAAUGAGUUGGCCUUUAAAAUUCUUGACAAAGAACUGAAAAUCUCGAAGGUUAUGAGCGGCAAGGAUUCAAUUGAGUUGGAUAAGAUUGAUUCGAAGAUUUGGCUCAAUUAUUUGGAACAAAUCUGUGAAGUAUUCCGUGGAGAGAUUCCACAUGUUAAGCACCCGAAAUUGGAUGUUUCCGAGUUGAGAGAGAAAAACAGAAACAACGUUCCUGACUUCUCAAGGCUCCUGCAAAUGUCAUCAAGAAAGGCAAAAUCUCCAAUGCAAGAUGUUGCUGAUUUACCACAUACGACACAGAGGCGUUCAGUACUCGACGAAGAAAAAGUCAAACGCCAGAGAAAGCAUGAACCUGGUCAAGCUCAAUUGGAUACCCCAAGACGAGCAAAGAAACGACGAAGUGCUGAAAAAACAACAAAUAUUGAGGAGCGACAACAACGUCUUAAAGAAAUCGAAGAGAAUCGCCAAGAUCGUCAAAGUAAACGUCGCAUGCAGCGCUUCCAACAGACUCAAAAUUUCUACAAAAGUCUUCAUAUGUUACAAGCGAACAUCCUAUUACGAGAAAGUGACGAAUCGAGUCCAUUUGAGGACUAUUCGAUAUACAUGUACCGCCAGCAAGCACCGAUAUUCAACGAUCGUGUAAAAGAGCUUGAACGAAAGCUUCUUUAUCCUGACCGUGAAAGAGGAAUAUCAUCGGCUAUGCCUCGAGGUACUGACGAACAAUUUAGCGAUCGUAUCAAAUCGAUGGAACAACAAAUUACAUCACGUAAUGCUUAUGGCACAGAAAAGAAACCCAAAGACUUAAUGCGAGCAAUUGGAAAGAUCGAUUCAAAUGACUGGAAUGUUCGAGAAAUCGAGAAGAAAAUCGAACAAUCAAAGAAAACCGAAAUCGGUUUAAAGGGACGUGAGAAAGUACCAAAAUGGAGUAAGGAACAAUUUGUCGCUAGACAAUCGAAAAUGUCAAAACCAACGCGACAGGAUUCGAGUGAAGAAAAAUUCAAAGAAAUCGAUCAAACAUUGAAAAAUCUCGAUAAACAAUUGAAGGAAGGCUCUGUGUUGGAAGUUGGUGAACGAGGCAAGAAUAAAGUUGCUUCGAUUGCCGGGCAAUUUGUUAAGAAAGAAGAUACGUCCGAAGAGAAAUUGCCACCAACACAGCCUAUUGCUAAAUCUAACUCCAAAGUAGCACUUGCAUUUAAGAAGCAAGCCGCCUCAGAAAAGUGCCAUUUCUGCAAACAAACUGUAUACCUUAUGGAGAAGAUCUCUACAGAAGGUCUUAUUUUACAUCGUUCCUGUUUGAAAUGUCAUCAUUGUCAUACGAAUCUACGGCCAGGUGGUUAUGCCUUCGAUCGGGAUGAUCCGGAAGGUCGAUUCUAUUGUACACAGCAUUUCAGGUUGCCUGCUAAAGCCAUUCGUCCGGUUGUACGAAAACCUGGUCAAAGAAAAUCUACUGCUCAUGGUUCUCAUGCUCCCAGUGGAUUGGAUGCAAAAACUCCAGAAAAACCACGAGGAAUCACCGAAAGUGUUGUUCAACUGGAUCUACUCGAUCGUGGCCAAACUCCAGAGCGAAUUGAAUUCGAAAACACAGAUGCCAUGUCUGAUGGAGAACCCUCCGAGGAGCAUAUUAUCGAUGAAAACGAAUGGUCAGGACGUAACUUCUUGCAACCCAGUGCUGACUCUGAGUCGGAUCUAUCUUCAAGCUCUGAUGAAUCGGAUGAUGAUUCCGAAUCGGAUAUCUUUGAAGAGGCCAAUGGUUCACCAAUUGCUCAGCAAACACUUCAAUUGGCCACCGAUUGGAUUGGAAAACAACACUACUCAAAUGGUAAUAGUGAUGAUAGUGAUGACUCCUUCUAUGAUUCUAGUGAGGGAUUAGCUGAUGACGGUAAGGAUGACACUGAAGGUGAAGAAAUCAAAAAGGCUCGUGAAAUGCGCCGAGAAGAAGUACGUCUAUUACCGCUGCCUACCAAUUUGCCAACAGAUACAGAAACUGAGAAUCAAGAACAGGUGGUAGUGGUGUCGCCGCAAGAUGGCGUUAGUGUGCAAAAGAAUAACGAAGUAAGUGAUAGUGAGAGAUUUAAACGCGAUUCGGACAAAAUUUCAAUAACAUCCCAAACUCCGCCACCAUCAAAGACGGAUAUUGAAAAAAUCGAACAAGGCUCUGAUCGUAGAUUUAGCGCAGAUGUAGAUGCGAUAAGCGAGAAGCUUUAUAGGUUGAAUAAUUUGAUGAAGUUAAAUAAAGAUAUUGAGAGUAUGGCAAAGGAUAAUCUGGUGAAGAGUGACAUAAUGAAGAAACUUUCGCUGAAAGAGAAAUGGCUACUGGACAAUAGCGUGGGGGAAGGUGUGAAAAGUCCAGCAUUGGGGUUUCCUGGAGAAAAAGUAGCAAAUAAGGUCGGUGUGGAAUCGGAGGCUACGAAAAUUGAAGAUACGAAGAUCGAAGCAAUAGUUAAGGUCGAUGAGCAAAAGGAAAAACAACAACUGGACAUAACAGAGAAACCUGAUGACAAAGCUUCUGAGAGCGUUGUAAAUGGUGAUGAUAAUCAGGGUGAUGGCUUGAAUAUUAAUUCAUCUGUGUCCCCAAAUUUAACCAAUGAAGACAAUUUGACUAAGUCCACUCAAAUCCAAACAGAAGAAGAAGCUUUAAAGGUAAAGACUGACAAAAUUGCAUCUGAAAAAAUGGAAAUCGAGGGUAUUCUUGAUAUUGUCAAAAUGAUGGAUAUCUCGUACAUAGAGCCAUCCAAAGAACCCCUACCCAAGCCCGUUCCGGUUGAAACUCCAAAGCCUAAGAAAAAGGAUCCCGGUCAAAUGAUAUACGAUGCUGAGCAUAAAAAAGUAGCCAGUUUAAGUGAUGCUUUGCAUCAAAUCGAAGUUAGAAGUUUUGCCGGUACUAUGGAUACAAUAAAAGCUCAAAUGGUUAUGCCUACAGUUAGUCAACAAGCGACAUUAGACAUUUCGAAGUACUUUCCCAAUGCCAAGCAAGAGAAACAGUCAUCGGCUUCUUUGAACAAAACUCAAAAAACCUUAAAAGACGUUGAUUUGACGAAGUAUUUUCCCCAAUCUCCAGUUCCUCAGAGAAAAGCAAGCAUAUCUAUAGCUCCCGGGGGGGAUAAGUUGAAGAAAUCCCAAACGUCGGCUUCGAAUAUAAGUGAGAUACCUAAGGCUCCUCCAAGGAGACAAAAAUCAAUAGCCGCUCCAAGCAGCGAUAAAACCUUUAGUAUGCAAGAACAUCAACUAGAUGGCGCUAUAGACAUUCAAAAAGCACCUGUUGUAAAGCCGGUGUCUAAAAAGGGCGGAAUCAAAAUUGUGAAGAAGAUUGUUCCGAAGGGCACCAAAGCAGCAAAGAAAACUGCUACGGCGUCGGCAGCGGUGGCAACACCAGUUAUUGCUAAGAAAAAAAUCCAAGACGAAGCCGAUAAGAUUCUCGAUGAGAUUCUUCAAAGUGGACAAGAUGUUCGAUCACCAAGUAUUGAGUAUCAGAAGCUUUUCACUGAGGAAAAAUCUCCAAGUGAAGAUAUAUCCGAAAAAAUUGAAAAAAUUCUUGAAGAAACUGGCAUUGACUUAGGCCUGCCACCCAAUCCAAGAAAGAAACUCCAAAAAACUAAAAGUCUAGGCGAGGAAGAGUUCAAGAGAACUCAUGACCAAACUCUUUCGAGAGAGGACGGAGAUCGCCCUAUGGGUGUGCGGAAGAUCUUGCAGCGUUUCGAAUCGAUGAGUUCAAUAAAAUCCGACGAAUCAUUUAAGCUGAGAAAAACCAAUCUGAGCAGUACUUGCAGCAGUCUGAAUAGAUCCAAGGAAUCUCUGCCAUCGAAUAGCUUGCAUAAAUCCAAGGAGUCUCUUCAAUCAAGUGGUUCGCUUAAAAGCAAUUCGGACUCAAUGAGUGAUUUGGAAAAGACAAUGGAGUACUUGAAAUCCGAAUGGAAAACAGAAGCCACGAAUUUCCUUCAAAAGAAGCGCGAUAACUUCUAUGCGAGUCGUGAUGAAAAAAAAGCCGAAGCUGCAGCAGAGGCCAAAAAGAUAAACCAACCAGAACCGCAAUGGAAGCACACAAAGUACUCAAAGUUCUUCGGAAUCAAAGAGAAGUCUCCGGAAAAGAGAAAAUCACCCACAAAGAGCGGCGGAUCUGGUGCGAAGAGAAAAUCGCCUUCUAAAAUCUUAAAGAAGUCUCCGCGGGAAGAAAUAAUGAAACACAGGAAGAAAGUUGAAUCAGUUAUGAGCAGAACUGCCUCGUUUGAAGAGAAAAUCAAAGCAAGUAGCGGUAGCCAAAAUAAUUUAACCAACGGUCUUGAAAAUAAAGUCACUAGAAGAGAUUCGGUAGAAGUUGUUUCAGAAAAGAAAACUAAUCCGAGCGCUGCUUCAAGAAUUCCAUUGGUUCGUAAAGAUUCUAUAGGUCGUAAGGAUUCUGAGACAAAUCUGACGGAUACGGCUCAAAAAAUUCUAAGUCGAAGAGGUUCAGGUUCCAGUGGAUUGGCUGAUGUUCUCAAGCCCCCUGUUUUCAAGGGAUUACGAGGACAGCAAGAAAAUAAAAAUAAGGCUGAAAAUAAUGCAAACGAUGGGAAGAAUUCAGGUAUAAGAGGCUCUGGGGAGACUCUAAAGACUAUUCUCAAUUUGGUUAGAAGUGGUUCUCAGACCAAUGUAAAUGCAGAGUUCAAAUCAAAUGAUCUCUCUAAUCAAACUACCCAAAAUAACAUUGUAGAAAAAUUAAGCCGAAGAAACUCACUAGGAAUAGAAGCAUCAAAGGCUCCAUCAGAUUUUGAAGCCAAACCUGUCCCAAUGAAAGAUAAUCGUAUUGAGGGUGAAAAGGUUCUUGAGACUGAGAAAUCAUCUUAUCAAGAACCGAUCUUAACAAUUGGUAGAGAAGAUAUCAAGAUUGAACAAAUUGAAGAGUCUAAAAACGAAAUUAUCGAAAACAUUUCUAGAAAAGAUGAAUCUUCGAUGAAUGACACCAAGAAGGAGGCUGAAAUUGAGAUAGUUGAGACCCUUUCAAGUCUCAGUGAAGAACAAUCAGAAAAUGUUCGCGCUAAAUCUUCAUCUCGAAAUAGUGAUCAAGGUGAAACUCUUACCGAAAAGUUAGUUCAAAGCCGGAAGGAAUCACAAACACCUCCGAAAAAUUCCAGUCGAAGAGGAUCUCAAGCUCAGAUAUUGGCAGUUGAAGCAGAAGAGAAUAUAACGAGUAGACUAAGUUUGGAGCAAGACGACAGAGGUGAAAAAUCAAAGAGCCCUCUAGUACAAAGUCCAAAAGAGUCUCAAAAUGAAUUGGAAACUCAGGUAACUGGGGAUGAUACUAAUAUGAUUUCUCAAUCUCCACCUAGUCCGAAAGCUUCUAUAACAAAAGAAGAUAGUAAGCCUCCAUCUGAAGCAGCAGAUGACGUUGAUGAAAUUUUCAAUAAAAUCAUAACUGAGUUGAGUAAAGAUGAAGAAGAAGCAUUUAAUGCUGCUCAAGAGCUAAGUUUAAUAGCUAUAGCAUCCAGAGAAGAAGAUGAAGCAGCCGCAGCAGUAGCUGAAGAGCAACCAGAGCAACCAGAGCAACAGCAAAUCACUGAAGACUCUGAAAAUAUAGCCGAGGUACCUGAAGAAACUCCAAAUCAAAGUCGAGCUCAAUCCGAAGACAGCAUCGAAGAACUUUUCAGUCAUUUCACCAACGAUAUGUUAGUUGAUGUCGAAUUUGAUUCGAACGACGAAGUCGUAGCAAUUACCCCAAGAGCUGUUCUAGUAAAUGAAGAUGAAGAUGAUAAUGAUGAAGAAGAACAACAAAUCGAAAAGCCCAUAACAGUCGAAGAAGCUAAGCUUAAAUUUGAACCGUUAUUUCCACGGCAAGCAAAACUAACGAAACAAAACUCCUCAACUUCUUCGAGUGUCAGUCCAGCAAGAACGGAGGAUAAAACUAAAAAGAUUGUUGAAAAGCUCCAUCCGUUGAAUAUGCCUCCUUCUGUUCAGGAUAUGAUGAAACUUAUGAUUCAACGGGAGGAAAGCGAACCAAGAGUUCCGGUGGCAUUCCCUCGAAGUAUGUAUUAUGAAUUAAGUGACGAAACAAGUUCGAGUUCUUCAAAGUCUCGCACACAAACUCCUGAUCCAUCGGAAAAAACCAAAGAACCAUCAACGAAACAGCAUCUCGAAGUAGUUUACGAACUAGCUUGGCCCAAGCGAAAAAGAACACCCAGUCCAAUUCCGGAAAGUGCUCGGCCGCCAAUCAAACCUCCUGCUAUCAGUCGUGAAAACUCAGAACAACCAAUUUCGCGAAGAGCUUCAGAACAAUUAAUUGUAGAUUCUUUGAAAAAUGUUGCCUUGGUUGAAGAUGAAUCUAACAGCAGGGAAUUAAGAGAAAAAGAAGACUCUCAAGAAAGUCCAUCACCUGCACAAAGAGGAUCUCCUAAAUCAUUACCCUCCCCACCACGUCGAAACUCAAGAAUUUCUUCGGAUCUAGAACUUCUUGAAAAUAAUAAUCCACAAUCAAUUUCGUCAAGACGGAGCUCCAAAACUUCUCUUAGGGACAACGAGGAGACAAUUUUAGCUGGAUCUCCUGCUUUACUUCCUACACCUAGAAGAGGCUCUAGAGCUUCAGUUGACUCACUUCAAAAUUUGAACGAACGACGAAACUCUGGAUUUUUCCCUAUUUCACCAAGAAAAGGGUCGUUAUCUAAUUCAGAAGUUGAAGAAAUUGAUAAAAAGGAUGAAGAAUUAAGGGGGGAACAAAAAGAAUCUUCGAUUUCGGGUGCUGACAAUAAACUUGAAGAUAUUGCAUCUCCAGUCUUAGAAACCUCAAGGGAAGGCUCUAAAGUGCAAAGAGAUUCCCAUUCGUCUUCUCUGCAACCAACAAUUCAACGAAAUGAUUCAACUGCUUCGAAUCAAAUAGAUUCAACUUUAAGAAGCUUAAAUGAAACAGAAUCUAGGUCUCCCCUACGAAAUAGUCCCAACUCUGACAUAUGGAGAAAAGAUUCUGAUUCUUCCAGCGAAAAAAUAAGACGAUCACAAGACUCAAUUGAGCCUGAAUUACAGACAACAGCACGGAAGUCUUCUGUUUCGCCUCGAACUGAAAAACAUCAACAAUCAUCCCGAGAAGAAUCCCAAAUAUCUACAAAAUCUCUUUCUAAUGGUGAAGAAAUGGUUGAUAUGCGACCAAAAAUGCAACAACCUUCGAGAGAAUCUUCUAAAGCAUCUUCCAAAUCGUCUCUUCAAAUUGAAGAAAACGCAAGCAUUCGAUCGGAAAUGCAACAAUCACCACGAGAAAAUUCCAAAGCAUCCACGAAAUCCCCUCCAAAAGUGGAGAAAAUUUACAAUACAGAAUCAUCUCGAGAAGGAUCCAAAACAUCUACAAAAUCACCUCCCAGAGCCGAAGGAAUGGUUAACAUUGUUGAUUUAUUAAAUGAUUCCAGUGGUCAAAGAAGAGAGUCGGAAAGUUCGAGAAAGUCUGACUCAUCAAAAUCAAAUGCACCAUCGUUGCCUGAGUCUCCUCAAGCAGCUCGUGCUAGAUUCUUCGGCCAAAAUCAGUCGGCGAGCAGUUCACCAAGAGAUUCCAAAGAUAGACUUAUCCAAAGCAAUGAACCUUCCAAAGAGUACAGAGAUCUUCUGCGAUCAAGGCUCGAAUCUCCAUCAUCACGAAAUCCAAAUCAAUCCAGAGAGCGGUCACUCGAAUGGGACAUGGAACAACUUCCAAAGAGCCCAAUGCCAAGGCGGAAGUAUAUGGCUUUGCUUCAUAAUGAAAGCGACAAAGAAGAAUCUCCCAAACGUAGCAGUAGUAUUCCAGAACCCUCACCACCUACUGGUAAUAAAAGUGCUCCAGACAUUCGAAUUCCAACAAAACGUCUCGAGGAAUGGGAAAUAAUUGAACAACUUGAGAGGGAAAGGAGACAUGCUCUGGUGGCCCGAGAUCAAAAUUAUUCCGAUCAAGUUCAAGAAGUAUCUUCAAAAAUUGAACCACCAAAAAUGUCUGCCAAACAAGAAAACCCCCCACUUAAUCGACUCGAGUCUUUGGACGAACCUCAUAGCUCGAAAUUGAUGGAAUAUAUUAAACAGGAAACAUUAAAAGAUUCAAUCAAAUCAAAAGAUGACUCACCCAGGCCACCAUCUCGACCAAGAACACCUCAACUUUCGAAACGAAUCUCUAAUAACGAUCUAGAGAAACAGGUCGUUGAGAUUUUGAAAAGUGAAGAGCCAAAGCGCCCAUCCACUCCCGUCAGAAGUAAACCACCAAUGCAGAAAACUGAAUCUGUUGAGGCUACCUAUGAAGACUUUGCCCGAUUCACUCGUAGAUCCCCGGAAAAAGAUGCCGAUCCUGAGGAAUCCGAUGUGUAUGAAUCUCCAACAGCAUCGAUCUCACAUCAUCGUCUGGCCAACUACCGUCACAAAUCACAGGAUUCGGCUUCAGGAACCUACAGCCCGACCAGUAGCCUCUCUAGAUCGAUUGAGCACAUAGCUCCAUCGCGUCCCCAUCGCAACAAGUCCUCGACGCUACCCGAAAACCGAGUCGAUAGGGACACAAAAUACCUCAUGGAUCGCAGCAAACACCUGCGCAAUAUGAAGCGUGACUUCAUGGAAGAAAAAAUCGCCGGAAACAAUCCAUAUCUCAAAAAAGUAAUCGAAGCUCAAAAAGUCUCUCGACAAUCGGACGAGGAUGAUGAUGUAGAAGUCGAUUACACCCUCGAGAGCUAUCGGCCCAAAAACCACACCACUCCAAGAUUCCCCACAUCGAGCAGCAUAGGUGGCCGCCGACGACACGAACCUCGAUACCCAGACUACACCUCCUCGACUGACUACACCAGCCGACGUCCCUAUAACCCGCAUCCGCAUUUCUCGACAACAUCUACCUCCAGCUCAGCAGGAUCUCGAAACUUCACCGAUUACUUCAAACGUAGCCCGCCACAUUACAAAGGUGGCCGCGAAUCCAGCAAGGACUCUUGCCUAAUAUCUUAGAAAAAACAAUCUUUUUAAAAAAAUCUCACUUAAAAUGUCAAUUACUUUCGUCACACGUCUCGUACUCGUCCUUCUUUUGCCACACAAAAUACCGUCAAUUGACCAAGUUCCCUUGGCUACGUU